AUGAGCCACCAACGAUAUCCGUCUCAUGAUCCUUUAAAGGAACCACACUCGGUCUCCCUUAAAGUCCUCAGACUGUCCCGUCCCUCGCUCGUCAUCCAACACCCUGUCCGCCCGCCACUGACCCCCGCCAACCUCCCCGCCGACCCGACUCCUGCCUCCCUCGCCUACGACACGACCGCCUCCACGAACCCCGCUCCCUUCCUCCUCUCGCCGAUACUCAACCUCCCCUUGAGCUUCGGCUCUGCCUACGUCGGCGAGGUCUUCAGCUGCACUCUCUGCGCGAACCACGAUGUCCCCGACCCCGCCAUGGCGCCACUGGGCCCGGGAGGGCUACCCCUUGCCGGCGCCGCCCCCCCGAAGCGCAAAAGCAUCCGCGACGUCCGCAUCGAGGCAGAGAUGAAAACGCCCGGCGCGAACUCGAUUCAGAAACUCGAGCUCUCCCCACCGAAUCCCUCCGACGAUACCAAGGGUACGGAUCUCGACCCGGGCGACACCCUGCAGCGCAUCGUGAACUUCGACCUAAAAGAAGAGGGAAACCACGUCCUUGCCGUGACGGUGAGCUACUACGAGGCGACCGAGACCUCGGGCAAGACGCGCACGUUCCGCAAGCUGUACCAGUUCAUCUGCAAGUCCUCGCUCAUCGUCCGCACAAAGAUCGGCCCGCUCGCCCCGGCCGCGAGGCACGGCGGCCGGCGAUGGGCCCUGGAGGCGCAGCUCGAGAACUGCUCCGAGGACGUCAUUCAGCUGGAGAAGGUCGUGCUGGACCUUGCGGACGGGCUGGGGUAUACGGAUUGCAACUGGGUGGCUGCUGGUGGUGGCGGCAGCGACGGGGACGCGCGGCCGGUCCUGCAUCCGGGGGAGGUCGAGCAGGUGUGCUUCGUAGUAGAGGAGGCCGAAGGGUCUCCCCGAGCCCAGCAGGGUGAGGAUGGCCGGAUCAUGUUCGGCAUUCUGGGCAUUGGGUGGAGAGGGGAAAUGGGGAAUAGGGGCUUUCUCUCCACUGGGAAGCUUGGUACGCGACACAUCGCCUGA